GGCAGCCAUGCGUGUGGCGACCAACAAUGAACAUCGCAAUAAAAGUUAAAAUGUUGUGUAAAUGUGAUUAAAAAAUACCAGUAUGUGUAUGAAAAGUGCGAAGAGCUCACGAGAAUUUAAAUAUAAGUAAACUCGUAAUAGAUGUUGACAAUGGGUGUGUGUCAGCUGAUGCUGGUGUUGCUUCUGGGCUGGAUAACGGACACAGAAGCCCUAAAAGACGUCCAACUAAUAGCGCCAUCUGCCGUCCGCCUCGGCGACGAGGUGCAGUUAGGCUGCAAGUGGACGCUGGAGGGGAACGAGACACUUUACAGUGUGAAGUGGUAUCGGGGCAGGCAGGAGUUCUUCAGCUAUCUGCCUAAGGAGUAUCCUUUCACGAGGAUAUUCCCUCAGCCGGGGAUUGAUGUUGAUGUGUCGAAGUCGACGUCGCAGCAGGUGGCGCUGCGUGAGGCGACGCGCGCGCUCGCCGGCCGGUUCCGUUGCGAAGUGUCAGCGGACGCACCUUCCUUCCACACGCAAGUGCGGUCCGCGUUCAUCCACGUCGUAGAACUACCUCCAGACAAGCCAACAAUAAAGGCAGAAAAGGGAUGGUACGCAUCGGGUGACUCCCUUCGCGCACAAUGCUCAUCCCCGCCUGCAGACCCUCCGGCGAAUCUCACGUGGCUUCUCAAUGGACGAGACAUCCAGGGGAAGCCAGUAAUCCAGCAGCGCAUCCUGCCAAGCCCCGCCGUGUCCAUAGACUCGCCGUACCGCAGCUCUCCGCCCGGAGACGAGAACAACAACAUCAUAUUCAGCCCGUGGAAGGCUUUCGGCCCUUUUGUGGACACUGUACAGGAAGGUGAAUUGCUCCCAAGCCAAGACACAGUGGUGUUGCCGACGCCGAGACAGCCUGAUUUGUCCCUAGACGAGGAUGCCACGGACCCGAUACCCACGAGAGUGACGUCCAACAAGGUGGCAUCAGUAAGCCAGUUGUCCUUCAUGGUGCGUCCAGAUAGCUUCGAACGCGGCCAGCUACGUCUGACGUGCAUCUCUUCUGUGCACUCAGUGUACAGCGAGCGAGCAGAACUCGUGAUCAAUGAGGAGCGACCGCAGAUCGCGUCAGUGCUGGGCACUAGAGACCGAGCAGAUGCCGUCCCUUCAUCGUUGGCGCUUACGCUGUUUUGUACAUCGCUAACUAUUUACGAGAUAAUAAUCAGAGUCCUCCGAUGAUGUCAAGCCCCGGGCGGCUGGACCUUAGCAGUUUGUACAUAAAAGAAUUUUAAUAAGGACUACCAUUAUAACUAUUAUAAGAAUCGGUUGUACUAUAACUACUCUGCUACCAUAAGUUUAGGGAUGA